AAGGAAAGCCCAAAAGUCGGAGCUCGUCGGGAGUACCUGAAGGCAGCAGUGGGCGGGGCAUCGUGGACACGUGACCUGCACGGUCCUCUGUCUGAUUCUGCGCGAGACUGUUGACGGUGAAGGACAGGUGUGAACGGUGACUGCAACGUUACUUUAACGUUACUUUAACGUUACGUUAACGUUACGUUAACGUUAGUUUGACGUUGUGACGGUGUGAUGAUGCGUUCAAGUGAAACUCAGACGUUUGAGUUUCUUUACGGGAAGAAACAGACAAGACGUGUGUGUGUGUUAGUGUGUGUGUGUGUGUUAGUGUGUGUGUGUGUGUGUGUGUGUGUUAGUGUGUGUGUGUGUUAGUGUGUGUGUUAGUGUGUGUGUGUGUGUUAGUGUGUACAUCUCGUGUUUGUGUAAAUAACAUCCAGUCUGACAACAAACGUGAAGUUUAACGAACUCCAACCAGCUGAGACAUAACGAGCUGUUCGUUAACGUGGAUCUUUGCUGUGUUGGGACAAAUUAGACGUUAUCGAGUCCUCGUGGUCUGAGACUGAGACCUUCAAAAAGUGGCUUCAAGACCAAGACCGGUCUGGAGGAUGAAGAGAAGAGAUGACUCAUGUUUGACUGCAGUCUCACAGUGAUGCCGACAUGAAGACGCCCUUAUUGGCCAGUUCUGCCCCUGAUGCCCCAGAGCCCCUGCCCCGCUGCCCGGGAGGCCCCGUGAUCGGCAUCAUCGGCUCCGGGGACUUCUCCCGCUCGCUCUCCAUCCGCCUCGUGGCCUCCGGUUUCAGGGUGGUGGUGGGCAGCCGCGACCCGAGCCGUGUCCCCAUUGGUCUGUUCCCCGAUGGGGUGGAGCUGCGAUCGCAGGGGGAGGCGGUGGACGGCGCGGAGAGGGUGGUGUUCGCCGCCGUCUACCCCGAGCACUAUCACACCCUGGUGGGGCUGAGGGAGCGGCUGGCCGGGAAGGUGCUGGUGGAUGUUAGCAACGCCGCCCGGAUGAACAGGGUGGAGCGGUCGAAUGCGGAGAAGCUGGCGGAGCUUUUCCCGCAGAGCGGCGUGGUGAAGGCGUUCAACGUGGUGUCUGCGUGGGCGCUGCAGGGCGGAGCUCAUGAUGGAAGCAGGCAGGUCCUGAUCUGCAGCGACUGCUCCGACUCCAAAGCGGCGGUGCUCCAGCUGAGCCGGCGCCUCGGCUUCUCCCCCGUGGAUGUGGGCGGCCUGUGCGCCUCCAGAGAGGUGGAGGAGGCCCCGCUCCACCUCUUCCCCACCUGGGGCGGCCCCGUCCUCGUCACCUUCCUCCUCUUCCUCUUCUUCUAUGGUUACACCUUCAUCCGGCGCGUCCUGCUGCCGUUCAUCGACAAAGGAGAGAACAACUUCACCCAGCUGCCGCUGGUGGCGGUGAACCGGGCGCUGCCGGCGGUCGCCCUGGUUACGCUGGCUCUGGUUUACCUGCCAGGUCUGGCGGCGGCGGUCCUCCAGCUCGGACGUGGGACCAAGUAUCAGCGGUUUCCGGUCUGGCUGGACGUCUGGCUGUGCAGGCGGAAGCAGCUCGGCCUGCUGAGCUUCCUGUGCGCCGGCCUGCACGCCGUCUACAGUUUGUGUCUGACGCUGCGCAGAGCUGCCGGCUACACGCUGCUGAACGCAGCUUACCGCCAGGUGAAAGCUGGAGUUGAGAACUCGUGGGUGGAGCAGCAGGUGUGGAGGUCGGACCUUUAUCUGUCCUGUGGGAUUCUGGGAUUUGGAGUCCUCGCCCUGCUGGCUGUCACCUCGCUGCCCUCUGUGGGAAACGCCCUGAACUGGAGGGAGUUCACCUUCGUCCAGUCCGGACUCGGCUACGCCGCCUUGACUCUCUCCGUCAUGCACACUCUGUUCUUCGGUUGGGACUUCGCCUUCCUCCCUGAGGCCUACCCGUACUUCCUCCCGCCCAUGUACCUGCUGGCCCUCGUCCUGCCGUGCGUCGUCCUGGUCGGGCGGCUCGUCCUCGCUCUGCCGUGCCUGACGGUCAGACUGACCAAGAUCCGACGAGGCUGGGAGAGCGCGAGACACCGACGUCCAGAGAACCUGGAUGCUCCUGGACACUGUGGAGAUGUGUGACCUGAAGGUGUGUUUGCUCUCUGAGAGGGUCUCACCUGUUCAUCACGGAGCUGCAGUUUGAAUUCAGACAGAGCUUCUGUCCGUUCAUUUCAACGGGGUGCCGUGGUGAAGUCUGACGUCACGCUGCAGCAGCCAAUCAGACGCUCCGACCCGUCAAACCUGAAAUGUCUCUGAACUCUGACUCUUGUGUUCUGACUUGGGCGGCUGUGGCUCAGGAGGUGAUAUGUAGUGUAACGAAAGGAGAUAUAUAAAUAUAUAGACACACCGUCCAUUUAACCUGAGUCUGACUGAAAUGUAAAAAAGCAGAUGAAGAUGAAG